UGCGCACUGACAAAUGUGACAUUACCUCUGCUGCUGAAAUAUACAUUAAACAACCUGAAUAACAUCUGAAUAACAUAAUCUUUCCCAACGAAUAAAAUAGAGGCGACGUCUGGGGACAUUUUGCUUUACUUCGUUCAACUUCCUCAAAGGAUCAUUCAGCUAGCAUCAUGGUCCAUUUAUCAUCACACCUGCUGAAGAAGUACCACAAGGGGUACGUUGUCAUCCGAUUCGCUCUUGCAGGCCACCAACAAGCAAACAGACCAUUUUAUCGCAUUGUGGCAGCAUUCAACAAAAGGGCAAGAGAUGGCAAGUAUAUAGAACAACUGGGUACAUAUGACCCCCUCCCAAACAUCUACAAUGAAAAACUUGUCAGCUUCAACUACGACCGAGUCAAGCACUGGAUCGGCUGUGGCGCACAUCCUUCAAAGUCUGUGUCCAAACUUCUAGGGUUAGCAGGGUUCUUCCCUCUGCAUCCCAUGACGAUAACUGAAGCAGAGCGUCACAGAGCCCAAAUGGAGUCGAGCGAAACAGCAUCAGAAACGGAGGACGGUCUGGAGGAGGGACAGAAACAGGCUGAUGUGUGAGAUUUACAGCUGAGGGACUGUGUUACUGUUGAGGAUAAAACAAGAACUGAUCAAUUUAUUUCCUGACUUGUUGGAUGGACUGCUUGUAGCAACGUCAGAUUUUGCAUAUUGUGCAGUAGCAGUUGUUUCUUCAGUGGUGUCUCUGAACUGUUCAUAUUAAAAGUAAUGCUUCAUAAAAUUCAAAAGGUUCAAGUUGCGUUUGUUAAUGUGGAAUGCCAUAACAGUUAGUUGUUUGUAUUUACUGACUUAUGUGACUCCAUUAAAGUAUUUCAAUAUUAUAGCAUUUUUGAGUUACGUUGCAGAUUUUUUUCUGCCAUUAUCUUAUUGAAGCUCUAAAUAGAUGAUGGAUGACAAAGAAUGCAAAGAAUUUCAUUUGUCUCAUUUCCCUUGAACCUGACUUGUGAACUUUGCCACCUUUCCUCCUUUCUUCUGUCUAUCUUUCUUUUUUUAGCCUGCAUGUAUUUGCCUGGGCACACAUUAAUCAAUGGUGAACGUCAAUGAUAUCAAACAAGGAAGGAAAUAAAUCAGAAGUGGGUGGGCUUAUAUGAUUAUUGGUAAGCUGCUUUUCAGCACGUUGUUCCUUUUUGAUUCAAUAGAACGUUCUCCACCCUUAUACUGUACUGGGUGUGAUGGCAGACUUUGUCACUUGGAAAUGUACUGUUCAUUUAUGAAAGUCACGUCAUAUGUUCAACAGUGUGCUAGGAAUUAUAUCAAUCAUCUGUUUGUUUCAAUUGACUUUUUUCUUUUUUUUUUUACAUUUAAUUUACAGACCAAAUGCUGGUAUCAUCUCGGUCAUAGUGUAUAGUUCUAACUUGUAUCAGUCACCACCAAAAUGCACAAUAAAUCAUACAUGCAGUAAAU